AUGGAGUUUGUGGCCGCGCUGCGCCUCUGCCUGUGGCUGGGGCUGGGGCUGGGGCUGGGAUCCGGGCCGGGGCCGGGGCUGGGCCACCCGCAGCCCUGUCCCCGGGGCGCGCAGCUCGGGGGCCCGCUGCGCCUGGGAGCCCUCCUGCCCCGGGCGGCGGCCCUGCAGCGCCGCUUGCGGCGCGCCCUAGCCCGGGCUGUCUCGGAGGGCUCAUGGGGGCCCGAGCUGGGGCCGGAGCCGGAGCCGGAGCUGGAGUUGGAGGCCCCCGCGCCCCCCUCCCGGGACCCCGCCUCGUUGGCAGCCUGGCUGUGCCGCCUGCUGGCCCGGCCUGGGCUGGCUGCACUGCUGGCCUUCCCCGAGUCCCGGCCCGAGCUGCUGCAGCUUCACUUCCUGGCCGCCAGCCUGGAGACCCCCGUGCUGAGCCUGCUGCAGCUGGACGCGCGCCUGCCGCCUGCCACGCCGAACCCGUUCCACCUGCAGCUGGACUGGGCCAGCCCCAUGGAGACGCUGGUGGACAUGCUCCUCUCUGUGCUUCGGGUCCACGCCUGGAAGGACAUCGCCCUGGUCCUGUGCCGCAUCCGUGAUCCCGGCAGCUUCUUGGACUUCUGGACCCAGCGCACGGGGCUGACCCCACGGAUGACCCUGGAACUGAGCCGGCUGCCUGGAGCCCUGGCACGCCUCAAGGCACUGUCUGGGGAGCCUCCCCCUGUCACAGCUGCCGUCCUGUUUGGCUGUGAUGCCAACCGUGCCCUCCAGGUGCUGGCUGCUGCCCCCCCUGGGCCCCGCUGGCUCCUGGGCACCCCCCUGGAGGCCACAGAACUGCCUACACAGGGCCUGCCCCCAGGAGUACUGGCCUUUGGUGGGGAGAGCCAGCCUGUCCUGGAGGACCUUACCCAGGAUGCCGCCGGGCUGGUGGUGCAGGCACUGGGCAGGGCUGCCCAUGCCCACCCUGACCAGGCCCUCUUCCCCUCAGUAGUCAGCUGUAACAGCCCCCGGCUGGCAAGGCCUGAGUCCUGGGGCCAGCGCCUGGCUGGGUUCCUGGCCAAUGCUUCCUUCCACGGUUGGACGGGCCACAUGUGGGUGACGGGCACCUCCCAGGUCCGUGUCCAGCGCCACUUCCAGGUGUGGAGCCUCCUGCGGGACCCCCGAGGUGCCCCAGCCUGGGUGACGGUGGGCCACUGGCAGGACGGGCGGCUGGAGCCGGCGGAGGGUGCGGUGUGGCUAGGGGCAGGGGGACUUGGAGGGCGGGUGCCCCCCCCACAGAAGCUGCGGGUGGUGACCCUGGUGGAACACCCCUUUGUAUUCACCCGGGAGGUGGAUGAAGAUGGGCACUGCCCCGCUGGCCAGCUGUGCCUGGACCCGGGCACCAACGACUCAGCCAUACUGGGCGAGCUCUUCGCUGCGCUGGACGAGCCAGGCAACAGCUCGGUGCCCCAUGAUCUGCGCAAAUGCUGCUACGGGUACUGCAUUGACCUGCUCGAGCGGCUGGCAGAGGACUUACCCUUCUCCUUUGAGCUGUACAUCGUGGGGGACGGCAAGUACGGUGCCUGGCGCGAUGGGCGCUGGACCGGCCUGGUGGGAGACCUCCUUGCAGGCACCGCCCACAUGGCCGUCACCAGCUUUAGCAUCAACUCGGCGCGCAGCCAGGUCAUUGACUUCACAAGCCCCUUCUUCUCCACCAGCCUGGGCAUCCUGGUCCGCACUCAGGACACGGCCUCCCCCAUCGGGGCGUUCAUGUGGCCCUUGCACUGGACCAUGUGGGUGGGGGUCUUUAUGGCCCUGCACCUCACCGCGCUCUUCCUCACCCUCUACGAGUGGCGCAGCCCCUACGGCAUGACGCCCCACGGGCGCAAUCGCCUCAAGGUCUUCUCCUACUCCUCCGCCCUCAACCUCUGCUACGCCAUCCUCUUCGGCCGCACCGUCUCCAGCAAGACGCCCAAGUGUCCCACGGGACGCUUCCUCAUGAACCUCUGGGCCAUCUUCGGCCUCCUCGUCCUCUCGAGCUACACGGCCAAGUUGGCGGCGGUCAUGGUGGGAGAGAAGACCUUUGAGGAGCUGUCGGGAAUCCAUGACCCCAAGCUCCACCACCCCUCCCAAGGCUUUCGCUUUGGCACCGUGUGGGAGAGCAGCGCAGAGGCCUACAUUAAGAAAAGCUUCCCGGAGAUGGCCGAGUACAUGAGGAGGCAUAACGUGCCCACCACCCCCGAUGGGGUCACCAUGCUCACGACAGACCCCCCAAAGCUCAAUGCCUUCAUCAUGGACAAGUCUUUGCUGGACUAUGAGGUCUCUAUUGAUGCUGACUGCAAACUGCUGACUGUCGGAAAGCCAUUUGCCAUUGAAGGCUACGGGAUCGGGUUGCCUCGGAACUCACCACUCACCUCCAACCUGACCGAGUUCAUCAGUCGCUACAAGUCGUCAGGAUUCAUCGAUCUGCUGCAUGACAAAUGGUAUAAAAUGGUGCCCUGUGGCAAGAGGGUCAUUGCUGUCACCGAGACUCUGCAGAUGAGCAUCUACCACUUCUCGGGGCUCUUUGUCCUACUCUGCCUGGGCCUCGGAUGUGCCCUCCUCACCUCUUUUGGUGAACACAUCUUCUACCGCCUGGUCCUACCUCGGAUCCGCAAGCACGCCAAGCUACAGUACUGGCUGCACACGAGCCAGAAAAUCCAUCGGGCUCUAAACACUGGCUUAGACCAGCAGAAGAACCAGAAGCCGGAGCCAAAGCCGGAGCCGAAGCCAGGGCCGGACCCAAGUUGCGAUCCCCAGUGUGAGCAGAGCGGCAAGAACAGCCUUAGGACGACUGUGAAGGGCGAGCGGAGGGUCCGAUUUCAGGAACCAGAGGUCAAGGGGCCUGACCUGCAGCUCAUCAACGGGCGCCUGCCUCAGCAGCAGCUGGCAGUGCAGCCAGAAGGGAUUCCACAGCCCCCUCCUCUGGCGGCCGUUGCUGCCGCCCCCACUACUCCCACUACUCCCACCACUCAGAGUGAGCUGAAGGCCCUGGAGCAGAGAAUCGAGGGCAUGCGGGACCAGCUACGGGCUGCCUUGCUCAGGAAGAGUGAGCUGGUGCUCUUGCUUGGGAGGGACCUGCCCCCCCACAGCCGGCUCCUGCUGCCCCCCCAGGAGGUCAGUGAAGGCAGGUAACCGUGCCUGACUGCCCACCAAUCCCACAGCCUUCCCGUUACUCAGCACCGACGCUCUGGGGACGGGCCCUGGAGAAGCAUAUUGGAAGGCAGCAGGUGGGAACCUACCUAGCUCUGCCCAGUGGAGAGAGGUGGUGGCGGCACCCAAGCUCCUGUUUUGCUUUGCUGUUCUGGGCAUUCCUGGCCGGCUUCCUGUCACCCUUUAGGAACAUUCAAUACAACAGCUGCUGCCCUCAGGCCCCUCCACAAAAUGGAGACCACUUCUAAGUCAGGAUGUGCCCAUCCUUUGGUGUCAGCUGGCCCAGGGACAGGCUAAUUUUGGCCAAGGCAGAAACCGUGUGCAGGUCAUCCCGAGACCACCCAGCACAGGCUGAGGGUACUGGCCUCUUGAAGCAACAUCCCUUUGCAUGUCUAUGAGCUCCACAUUAAUUAGGAAGCACGGAUCCCAACCUCUCCCUCAACUGUACCACGGUGUCGGCUCCUCGGCCCGAAUGGCCCCAGCAGUUUCUCCGUCCGAGGGCCUCUACAUUCCAUAAUCCUGUAGUUACAGCUGGCAAAGAAUUUAAUCAUUAAAGAAUAUAUUUUAAACACCACAAAUAGGAGCCUGGAGAGAAAUACAGAUGUUAGUCUUUCACUUUCCUGUGGGCCUGGCGCAGAAUCAGGCCAGAUGUAGGCUGCGACAAACUGCCAAGGACGAGUAAAUGUAGGGAAUAACCCAAAACAUGCCCCACCAGAGAGAGGGCACCAGUGAAGGGUUACCACCUGCCAGCUCCAGUGCUGCACUGAGGAAGGCCUCUCAUCUACUGGAAAGACAGAUGAGAACUGUGGGAUGAGAAGUGGGGGGAGGACCCGUGGCAAUGAAAUCAUGACUCUAUCCCAA